AUCUGUCCCCGUUGGCGUCCCGGUACCUAGCUUGAUCCCGACCAUGGGCCCGCGUGGCGUGGCGCGGAUCCUGUCCCUGUCGCUCGUCCUGGCGGCGGUGGCCACGGGGGCCUGGGAGCGGGGGCCGCUGGGCGUGCUCUUGACCUGGCAGGGCUGAGCCGCGCUGGGCCGCUGCUGUCCCGGCCGUGACCCGAUGUGCGUCGCCCGCGGGCCCCCGCCCUGCUUCUGCGACCAAGAGUGCGACGCGGCUCUGCCCAGAUACUGUGUCCAGUUCCAGUUGGGGUCCAUUCCAGGGAGCUGUGGGCAGGCGAGGGCACCUCAUGCCCAGUGGACAAGGUAUCUGACCCAGGGCCACACGGUCUGUGUGAGGUGUGAAUGGCCUGCCCAGGACACCAGGAGCCGGCGCUGCUACGGGGAUGGCGGUGGGGCCAAAGGGAACAAGAUGUUGCUGGGGCAAGCGGCCGGCCACCCCGGUGCCGAGGGACCUGGGAGAAGCUAGGGCAGCUCCGGCAUUGUUCCUGCCCUGCGGUCCACAGCCUCGUCUUCAUCUAGCAUCUGCACCCCCUAACCGUCCAGAACCCCUCUUUCCAAAGCCUCAGGGAUGGCAGGGAAACUGCAGGGCUUGGGAUCUCGCAGGACCAAAGAGUUGGGAGAAGUCUGCAAUUUUGAGACUGAAGGAACAAGCCUUGUCGUUAUGUUGACACUGAAAUAGCUUCAUGCUUCCACUCAGUGCCAGCUGAGUCACAGUCCUACCGACAUCUCCUGCCCCUUCAGGGCUUCCCACAUUUCAUCUCCCAAACACAUUCUCCUGGCCUUUGCCGUAUUCUCCUUAUUGUAUACUUAAUUUUUUAAUGAACUCUCUCCCUUCCCUUCCCUUCCAUUCCCUUUCCUUCCCUCUCUCUCUCUCUCUCUCUUUCUCUUUCUUUUUCUCUUUUUUGGAUGGAGUUUCACUCUUGUCACCCAGGUUGGAGUACAGUGGCGUGAUCUUAGCUCACUGCAACUUCCACCUCCCGGGGUUCAAGCAAUUCUCGUGCCUCAGCCUCCCAAGUAGCUGGGAUUACAGGCGUGCACCACCAUGCCGGGCUAAUUUUUGUGUUUUUAGUAGAGACAGGGUUUCACCAUUUGACCAGGCUGGUCUUGAACUCCUGACAUUAGAGGAUGUGCCCACCUUGGCCGCCCAAAGUGCUGGGAUUACCGGCAUGAGCCACCAUGCCCAGCCCCUCCCUCCCUCCCUCCACCCCCCUUCCCUCCCUCCCUGCCUCCCUUCUCUCCCUACCCCCCUCCCUUCCCUCCCCCC